CGGAGCUGCCAGCUUGCGAUCUGCUAUUGGGAAUGCGACAGAAGCAGGAGGCGCUGCUGGGAUAAAGUGCCAGGCUGCGAAGUGAUGCUGAAACGCAGUACCCAGUGAAUACGAGGAGCUACUGCCAUCUAGUGGUCAGAUCUUGUUCGUGCAGCAUUAUACAGUGGGCUGCCUCUACUGGACCAUGUUGUAAAUCCACUCACAAAGAGGAAUUCAUUUGUUUCUGUGUGUGUGGCCAUGAAGACAAAAGGGGAGUUAUCAAGGAGAGUAGCAUCUGGAGUCUCUUUCUGCCACCAUCUGUUGGCGAAACCUACUUCCACCUCACAGUCUCUUCCAUAAACCCGCGAGCAGUCUGCUUUUGAAGGCAACCAAACACCAUUUCAGCGAUAUCCUUCCAGUAAUGAUUGUGUCCCCCAGAUAAGAGACAUUCGGACUUUGUGGAUAGAAAUCAAGAACUGACAAAACCAUGGAUCUUCUGCAGCCCCCCAAUCGGCUCCUCCGACUGUACAGAGAGUAUCAGAACAAUGAAGUCAUCUCCCUGCACUAUAACUUCACGGGAAAGCUCAACACCAGCAGGUACAAGGGUGGACUAAAGGCCGAGGCUGUGUUUUUUUUGGUGGUUUGUGUCUUCAUCGUCUUGGAGAACCUCAUUGUGCUCUUGGCUCUCUGGCGCAACAAGAAAUUUCAUUCCCCCAUGUUUUAUCUCCUGGGGAACCUGACGCUGUCGGACCUUCUGGCGGGGGUGGCGUAUAUAGUCAACAUUCUGAUGUCUGGUGCCAACACUUUGCGCCUCACUCCCGCCAUGUGGUUUGUUAGGGAGGGAGGUGUCUUUAUCACACUAACUGCAUCCAUAUUUAGUCUGCUGGCUAUCGCCAUAGAACGGCACAUUACUAUGGUUCGGAUGAAACACUACAGCGGGGACAAGAAGGGUCGAAUGGCCUUGCUCAUUGGAGCAGCUUGGCUUGUCUCCAUCCUAUUGGGCGUGUUGCCGAUAUUGGGCUGGAACUGCAUCAGCAACCUGCAGUCUUGCUCCACCAUUCUACCUUUGUACUCAAAGAACUACCUUCUGGUCUGCAUAAGCAUCUUCCUGGCCAUUCUCAUAGCCAUCGUGGUGCUCUAUCUCCGCAUUUACAGGAUUGUCAAGGUCAACAGCCAGCGACUUGGCACCCUGCGUAAGGGGACCCUGAAGAAGUCCCAAAAGUACAUGGCCCUGUUGAAAACUGUCACCAUUGUGGUGGGAACUUUUAUCAUGUGCUGGCUUCCUCUGUUUGUACUUUUUCUCUUUGAUGUAUCAUGUGAGGUCAACGCCUGCCCUAUUCUCCUAAAAGCAGACUAUUUCCUUGGCUUGGCCAUGAUCAACUCUCUCCUGAACCCAAUUAUCUACACGCUCACCAGCCGUGACAUCAGGAGGGCCAUCCUUAAACUGGUUUUCUGUCUAUGCCUAUCAUCUGAUGAAGGAGAGGGCAGGCGCAGGCUUUGGUUCCUUCCUGUAAUAGAGGGAAGCACAAGCAAGUCGGAGAAAUCUUCCCACAAACACGAAGCCCUAGAAACCACCGUAUCAUCGGGUAAUGGAACCCCCACCCCAGUGAAGUGUCUUAUGCCUAAAAAUGUGGAUUACUGAGCCCAUUUGGAUUUUAAAACUUGAUGUGAAGGACACAAAGAAGGAGUAAGUGUCAUGUCCUAUCACAUUGUAGAGAAUUGCCCAGGAGGAAAGAUGGUAGAUACACCUGGAACCUUACAUCCUGAAGGAUAGUGGAGCUAUCUAGAACUUGGACCUUUAUUGCCUGAGGCACAGAUAAAUACCUGGAACUUUAUAACAUUUAAGCUCAUGGAAUUAAAAGCACAACAAAGUUCCGAGGGCUGUUUGUGAUGAAGGGGUAUGCAAGGCUCCUAAAUGCCACAAGUAAGGGAAGGCAUAUAGCUUACACAACGUAAAUACUAAUGCUCCCAUCACCAUAAGGCUUCACCAACGGUGCUCAGGUGUUGAGAACAACAGUCCUCAUAAAGUACAUCAUAAGGGACAUCAGGGUCUUAAGAAUGAUUUGGGGUGUGUUAGCCAACCAUAAAACAGUAGAUGUAGAAGAUCAGCAAAAGAUCUUUGGAACCUUCAGGUCUCCGUAGGGUAAAAUGCCCCAGAACUUGUGCCCUUUGGGAAUAUCAGCCUGAUGUUAGGGGGGUGAAGAGGCAGCAGCUGUUGUUAGAAUGGUUUAGCACAGAGCCCACAGUGUUACCGAGACGCAAGUGUAUAUUUUGUAUGUAUUAUUUGUAUAUAAAAUAAGGAGUGAAUUGUUACAUAUGAUUGGGACUGCUGUGUUUGUUAUAGUCUAUGCAAUAUUAUUAUAUGGUUAUUACCAUACACCAUACACGGUAGCUGCUGGCGGGGAAACAAUUUCAUUGUUUCCUAUUGGAUCAGUGGACAUUUGUGGGACUGAGCCAUCAGGGGACGUGGAACACUAGCUAGGGGGGCAUUAACCCCAUUGGGGAAGAAUAUCAGCUAUGUUGGGGGGGGGGGCUAACCAUAUGCUGGGCCUCAAAGGAAAAGUGCUGUUAUAGGGCAUUAUUUUGGGACUACUUGCCCUAUAGAAAACAAAAAUACCCCUAUUCCAGCCAGGCACAAGUAAGACAUGGAACAUACCAUUCCUUUAAAGGAGAUGUUCACUUUUAUAUUAAGUAUGUUAUAGAAGAAUCUGUUCUAAGCAACUUUUCAAUUAGUCUUUUUUAAUCAGUUACAUGGAUCUUGGAAAUAUUAUCUUUUCAGUGUUAUGGGGGGCCCAGGGAAAAGAGGUGCCCGGACUGCGGGGUCUGCUUCCACUAUAAUUGUUACAUCAAUGAGCUUUAUUGUGAUCUUUAAUUGCUGAUCUACUUUUCCAUGUUGUCUGUCUGUUUACCAGGGCAACCAGAUAGCAAAUGCCAAACUGCAAAACAAAAAAAUGUCAAGAUUCACAAAACCACAAGAAAUAACAAAAAUUGCUAAUUUGCUAAUUGUCUUAGAAGAGUAAAAUGUAAUAUUAAGGUAAACUACCUCGUUAAUGCAUACCAUUCGCUUUAAAUGAAACCCACUCUGGGCUGAUAAACACACUCCCAGCAUGCACUUUCCCUUGCAUCGAAGGGACACCUAAGCAAAUGAGAAGCCACCUUGGCUACACAGGUAAAGAAUCGGCCAAACAUAACAUUUGUAAAUAGUUCUGUAUAUAAGCACUGUACAUAAAUAAAUGUAUAUGAAGUUGGAUGAACCCA